CCCAGGCCUCUGGUAGAAGGAUGUUUUUAUUAUCAUUAUUUUAAAUCGUUUGCGUUUUAUUUACAUGUGUUUUAUAAACUUACAGAGCGUUGACCUCUCCCGGCCACCGUACGUUUGAGGUUUAGGUCACUCAACUCGAUUAUUAUGCACAUUAAACACUAUUCCCAAAGGGAGCAGUGAUGUAACUCACUGUGUAAACACACUUAGGCUCAAAGUAAGAGGCUGUGCACCAAUGCACACGGCUCGAAUGAUUUUUAUCUUCGACGUGUUGUCAUUAAAUUGGACCGGUACUUGAACGCAACUUGUAACCCGUCCCGCUGCGUUUGCUGUGCAGCCUCUCUACAGAGGUGCACUGUGGCUUUAAGAAGCCUUUCACUGCGCAGAGGCGCUACAGCAGCUCAUCACAUGAUUCCUCUCUUGUGACAAUCCAGACAGAAAGGAAAAGCCUCUCCGACUUCCAGCUGAGUUGCAAGGCGCUGUGAUGACAGACGAUUGUUGUUUUGGUGCCACGGGACCAACUUCAAGGCGGAAAAUGGAGUUAAGUUAACGACCACCAGACAGACACAAGAGCAUUCCUGUCUUUAAAAAAAAAAAAAAAAAAAAGUGGACGCGGGGCUGGACGUUUGAGGUUGUUGCGCCGCCGGGGACAAAGUUGGCGCAUGGAGAGGGACGAAGUUUCAUUUUUGCGCAGCGUAUUUUCUUUGUUUUUGUCGCCCCGCGCGCUGGCCAGACUCGCGCCGCCUUCCUGGUAGCGAAAGAAAAGUAGCCCGAGUUCAGUUUGGAGCAUUUGUUGUCGCCGGAGAGCCGAGAGCAGAGAAACCGGACAAGUUGGACGACGUCGGGUGAGAUGGUGGACAGCAAACCUCUUCUCCAGGACAGACCUCCCGCCUACAACGCCGUCCCGGGGGCGUAUGAGUACGGCCCGCAGCAGCAGCAGCCGGCGGCGGCGGCGGCGGCGCACGGCUAUGGAGCCAUCCCACCGGCGGCCCCGCCGCCCUAUCCGUACCCCGACGGUGCAGGGUACCCGUCAGCCCAGAUGGCCCCCGCCGUCUCCCAGCAGCCCUACCCGGGGACGUACACCAUCAUCCAGCCCUCCGUAGUGGUGGUGGGAGGCUGCCCCGCUUGCAGAGUGGGCGUCCUGGAGGACGACUUCACCUGCCUGGGGAUCCUGUGCGCCAUCUUCUUCUUCCCCCUGGGCAUCCUCUUCUGCUUCGCGCUGCGCCAGAGGAGAUGUCCCAACUGCGGCGCCACCUUCGGCUAGAAAAAGGACCAAACUACGGCCCCGCGCUUCUACUCCUCACACACACGCGCACAGACACACACACACACACACACACACACACACACACACAGACACAAUCCAACAUUCUGUUUUAUUUUGCCACAUUUUCUUAAUAAUACACAUUGCUGUCGCCAUCCCGUCACGUACGGCGUAUGAACAUAAUCACCACGGAUUAUGACUUUUUUUUGUUGUUGUUAUUAUUAUCGUUAGAGGCACGUGUAGAAAUCUAUUCUCGUCUCGAUAGCAGAUGAUUUAUUGUAGCGUGUGUCGAGCGUCCAGCUGUCGUCAGUGCCUUCACUACACGCAGCGAUCGUCAGAUUCCACCAGUCCUCAUUUCUUCUGUAGAUUCCUUCACGUUUUGUCCGAAUCAUAGACAUUUGCCUGAUUUUUUUUCUCCUUCUCUCAGUGCUACUUUUUGGUUCUAAUCCUGUUUAGUAACAUUGCACCCAGAGAUCACUGAUGAAUUUGCUUUUUAAGGAAACGCAAACCUUCCUUUCGUUUUGUUUUUUUGUUGGUUUUUUUUUUUUGCCUCACCUGGAAUAACACAGAGAACAUGUUAAGGAUAAAGCUGUGGAGCUGCUCCAGCUGUGGCGGCGGACUGUCGUCGGGCAGAAAAGCCUGCAGCGUUCUGCCUGGUCUUGUUCGUAACUUCUUCUUGGGGCCAUAUUUGCACUGACCGUUCUGUCUGAUGAUACUUCGCCGGGCUGCGCUGUCACCAGGGCCGAUGCAGACCUCAGGAACACGUAAUCUGAAACGCCCUCGACUUCGCAGCCUCGAACACUGUCCGACGUCGGACCCUUCUCCUCGAGCUUCGGGGGGGGGGAAACGCAUGCUGAGCGGGAAAAAGCCGAAGAUUUCUCUCGAUAACGUGUGGAUUUUUAUCUUAAAUAACGAUACUCUCUGACAAGUCAACCCACCCCCUUCCCUCCCUCCCUCGUUCCUCCCAGCCAGACAAUCAGUCGAGAAUGUCCACGUCCCUGUGUCCGCGGUAUCUCCAUGUCUUCCAUUAGAGCAAGAUGUUAUAAAAAAAACUGUCCACGGGAGAAGAGAAGGAGAUGAAACUGAGCGGGAGGGGUUUAAAAAAACAAUUAAAUAAAUCUUCUCGCUUUAGAAAACACACUACGCACGCUUAUGAUCGGGGUUCUUUCUUUUUAUAUGAGUUACUGUAAUUAAAUUGAAUGCUACUUAUGCUUUUGA